AUGGCGUUCAGGUCGCGCGAAAUGAUGAAGAAGAUUGUGAAGAAAAUCGGCGGGGAACAGAAUCUAGCGCCUGGAGUGAAAGAGCAAUUGAAAAAAUCGGUGCCGGAUAGAAAGGUCGUGAUGGGCCGAGCUCACCGCGGGCUUUACGCGGGCCGACAUAUCCAGUUUGGGAAUCGCGUCAGUGAAGACGGCGGCAACAAGACAAGGAGAAGCUGGAAGCCUAACGUGCAAGAAAAGCGGCUUUUCAGCUAUGUAUUAGACAGGCACAUCCGUGUUAAGAUAACAACCCACACUCUACGCUGCAUAGACAAGGCAGGUGGCAUAGACGAGUAUUUACUAAAAACACCCUACCAUAAGAUGGACACUGAGAUGGGCCUCUUCUGGAAAACAAAGAUCGAGAAGAUGUACCAAGAGCUUGGCGAAAUGGAGGUUGUCUUCUUUUCACCCGAGGACGAGUAUAAUUUUGAGAAGCAAUUCGAAGAGCUCAAGUUGGAGAAGAAGGCUGCACGUAGGGAGGCAAGGAGAAAGAUGUAUGGUUCGAGUUAUAAGCAUGAGGAAGAAGGGGAAUUUGGGGAAGGUGGUGAGGAAGUUUCUAGAAGUGAGGGAAGAGUGAGUGGGAUUAUUUAUAGUUUUGGGUUUUGGUCAUUGUGUUGUCUGCUGCUAGCAAUUGGAUUAUGUGGUGUGCCGACUCACAGUUUUUUAUCAGAAAUUGGAAGUUAUAGCUACGCAGGCAAUUCUUGUCAGAUUAGUGUGCCGUCUUGUCGAUUAGCUUUAAGCAUUAAUAAUGCUAAGGAGCCAACUGUUGGCUCCGUUACGGAGCCAACUGUCAAUGGGGCUGUCCCAACGGAACCAACAGUUGGCUCCUUAGCAUUACUGGAAAAUGUAAAGUUAUCGGAACUUUCUCCUUGCAAUUCUUCAAGCAAAUGCAAGAACUUGGAAGACAUGCGUUCGCAGUGUAUGCAGCUAUCAUGGCUUUCCUUGUGA